UUGUGCAGUCUUCAGUCUUCAAGUUUUUCCGGAUGUGAGAACAGACUGGCUCAAGCCAAAAGGAGCCCAAAUCCCAUCAACUAGAGCCGGAGGCUCGGAGGUGCUUAUUUUCCUGCCAUGCUCCUGAAGUGGCUGGUGCGAGCUUUCGUAGUGGUCAUGGCUCGUGCAAGCGUUUCAGAAUCUGCAGUUUCCAGUGCUCAUAGUGCUCCAAUUGCAAAUCAUGCAAUGCUCGAAGUGGAAGCGACCAGCAAAACAAGUGCAGAAGAGCUGGACGAGAUGCUCUCAGCCUCUAUGAAUCGCGCCCUGAGCCGAGCAGAGGUGGGGGGUUGCCGGACUGUGAACAAACCGUGCUGGGUCGAUGCUCAGUGCUGCUCUGCUAGAUGCCAACCAAGCAUCCGGCGGUGCCGGCCAGUCCGCUGAAUCUGCUGAGUCUGCUGAUUUGGGUGCUGGGCGGUGACUGAGCCUUGGCACCCAGCGGAGUUGGCAGAAAUUUUCGGGAAAGGGAAUGCAGGGAAUGCACCUAAGAGUGACAUCUCCCUUGGCACAAGGCUCAACUGAGCGGCUCACAUUUGAAUUGCACUUCAAGGCAAUGUGCAUUCAGUGUUUCAGAACUUGAAUUCCUGAAGUCGGCUCUGCAGUCACGGGGAAUGUUAGCAGGCUCUUUUGGUGGCGCACUGACUCUGACAGAUGGAAAAGUGA